AUGUCUAUUAGCGAGGAACCUGCUUCUAACGAGACUGCUGCCAACGACACUGCCUCUGAUACAGCCCCAGAAGAUCUUCGAACUUUGGUAGACCAGCUCAGAGCAGAGGUCUCAGCCCUGAGGCUUAUCGUAGACAGAGACGACAAGAUUACCCGUCCAGCAAGUUCUGCGCUUGUCCCUACACUGAAUGUACAGCCUCAGCACCAUUCGCCAACCACGGGUUCUUCCGAUGAGUCCAAGUGGAGAAUCAAAUAUACAAGUAUCAGGACGGAUCUGAGCGGGUGA